GUCAUGUUCUCUCUCCACACUACAAACUACUGACUUUCCUCACAAUCAAUCACAAUGAACCACCCCGACCCGGACCAAGAAAUCGACCCGGAUCCAGAUAUAUGGGAUAACCCCCUCGACAACAAUGAUGCAAUAAACACGAAUACCCGGGAAAAUGCCCCGCGCAAACGAAGGAGGAAAUAUAUCGCCAAGGCUUGUAACGAAUGCAAACGCCGCAAAAUCAAAUGUAACGGACAAUCGCCCUGUCAGCGAUGCGGGAGACAAAGGGUGGGGUGUGUGUAUGAGAAUCAGCCCAGGGGUGUGAUAGAUGGUGGGGGGGAUCAAGAAUCCAUGGCUCUUCUCCUCCAACAAAUGAGCGCCAUGCAGGAGCAAAUCACUACUCUUACUACGGCUGUGCAUGCCUUGACGCAGAGUGGUCUUUCUGUGUCUACUGGUAUAGGAAUAGGGCUAGGGAGCCGAUCUGAUGGGGCAUUCCGACGACGAGCAUCCAUGAAAGAUAAAGACAAAAUGAAAGAAAAAGAAGUGGUUUUUCAAGGCCCGACUACUUCGGCGUUUAGUCUUGAUCUCGCCAAAUCGAGUCUCCAGAGGCGAGGGAUCAUUGAGAAUAUUGACGCAGAUGGUCCCGAAGACGGGGACUUAACACGCGCGCCAUCGCCAUCGCCAAUCCCGUCACGACAUCCAGGGGAUCCAUUAUGGACGAUUGGCAAAUCCGAAGCGUUGAGGUUGUGUCGGGUGUAUGAGGAGGAAAUGGGGAUCAUGUACCCCGUGUUGGAUCUACAGCUAUUAUUGCAGCAAGUGGAGAUAUUGUAUGGUGGAGAGACGUGGCCACGUAUGUCAGCGGGAAACGGAAAUGGGCUGGAUGCCGACGAUGUGCAUAUUCUGCGCUUGGUGUUUGCGUGUGCCUUGACGGCCGAAGCAGCAGGGAGUAGUGCCCUGGCUAUGGGGUUAUUUGAGAGCGUGCGUGAAGUAGCGGAUAUUUGUGUAUGGGGGGCUGCGGAGAUUAAGAAUAUUAUCUUUUUGACGUUGGUGGCAAUAUUCUACUUCCAAAUCGACGAAGAAACCCUCGCCUGGCGCACCAUCGGCAUCGUCGAACGCAUGUGUCUCGAAAAAGGCCUGCAUCGACGCGAAACACUCACCCACCCCUCCAUAGCCAAAGCAGGAAAAGACCGUGUCCUCCGACUCUUCUGGUCCAUCUACAUCCUCGAUAUCCGAUGGAGUUUCGGCACCGGCAUGCCCUUCUCGCUCGAAGACAGCGACAUCGAUCCGUGGCUGCCCGAACCAGAGGAAAAAACACCCUAUCUGCACGUCAUGAUCCGGUACAGUCGAAUCGCCGCCAAAGUAUGGAAAUUCAUCUCGGCAUUUAACAACACCAACGAGAUCAAAAAAGAAGAGAUGAAUUACCUCGACUGGCAAGUCCAGCGCUGGACAGCGGAUAUCCCAUCUGUGCUACGACUCGAUUCUCCCAUCGUCGAACUAGAUGGCCAAGCCCCCCGGAGUCUGCGUCGUCUGCGUGCUCUGCUCUACCUCCGCGCGAACCAGCUCCGCAUGCUCAUCCAUCGCCCGGUGCUGCACUCGGCGGCGCAUAUCGCGCGGUACCCCGUCGAGUCGCAGACGGUGGUGGAGCUAGCGAAAGGGUCUAUUCGGUUUAUUACCCGGUUGAAUGAGAAAACGGACAUAUACCGUCUGCAGCAGAUAACCUUCAACUGGUUCUUGGUGUCGGCUGUCGCGGUGGUGUUUCUGGCUGUGACGCAGGCUCCGACGACUUUUAGUACCCAGUGCAAGGAGGAGUUUUAUAUGGCGUUGGAAUUGGUCAAGGGGUUUUCGACGAGGUCGUAUAUCUCGUUGCGUUUGUGGAAGUCGAUUCGGAGUUUGAGGAAACUGGGUCCGCAGUUGAUGCAUCGCGAGCCGGAGAUAGUACAGGGACCGGGGACGGAGAUAGCACCGAGUCUAUCCACAGGCACGGAGCAGUCGCCGCUGGACGGGGCGCAGAUGACCCGCGAGCUGAUGGAGUGGUUCGAGGCGGUGGGGAAUCUGGAAACGCAGAUCAUGGGCAUGGCGCCGCAGGGGUUCGAGGAGUGGCAGCGGUAUGAUUAUGGGGAAGAGUUGUCGAGUGUCAUGAAGGAUUGUUUCUGAUGCCACUGGCCUAUGCCAUUCAGAUGAUGAAUAAUUGGCUGUGAUAUUAGAUCCGAUCCAGUGUAAUACCCUCAUAAGAGUG